GAGCAAGUGCGAUGCGAGUUUGUUUGGUUUGGCGUUUGUCGUACAGAAACAGAGCUGGACUCGCUCCUUUAACAAUACAAAUUAGACGCCGACGCCGUGGAGCAUCGGGAAGCGCCGCGACGGUCGCGGCGACGGGAGACGCCCUGAGAAGAGGCUCACGACGGCCCGUCGUCGGUGUCGAUACCGUAAAAAUUCGGAUUCGAUUGAUUGGAAAUCGCACCCGCGGGGGCGGUUCUUCGAUUCAUUGGUUAUACUGACUGGAUCGAAUUUUGUUGGAUUUUGCGGGAAAAUAAAAACGAAUAUGCGCGUAAGUGUAUUAUC